CACAAAUAUCGCCACCGGCUGCAGAGCGGCAGAGCGAGAAUGCUGGUGGUACGGUUGCAGCAUCUCCAACACAUGUCUAGGUUCAAGGGCCACAUUUCGCACCACGCCGUACCGAACGCUCCAUAAUACCCAAUUCGACAUACUAAGUCGGCGAGUCGGCAGCAAGCACGGCGCAAGUCAUGCCGCGACUCCAGGACCGUCAAUAUAAGGACAUGGCAUCUCCAAUUGAGAUAUAAUCUAUUCAGCUCCGAGCCAAUCAUGUUUCGACCAUUCAUCCCUCGAGCGGGAACUCGGCGCCUUGCGAAUAGCCAGCCCUCGACCGCGCUGAGCUCCCAAAGAAUCAGAUUCAGCACUUCAAAACCCACAUUCAAUGCAGAUUCAAAACCACCGAAAAUCAAAAACCCGUCAUUUGGAGGAGCGAGUCUCAAAGAGCUAGGCGCAACUCGGACUGUGAAGAUUGUUGUCAUUAUCGCCUUGACGAUUGCGGGUACAGCUGAGUCGAUUUUCUGGGCGAAGGUUCUUUGGGCCAAAUUCGCACCGUCUUCGGAGGAUGAAGGAGGAGAGGAGUUAUGAUGAUGGAGUUACAGUGAGAGGUAGAAGCAAGGAAACGACGUGCACUUCGAGGACGUAGGCACAUCGUGGUGGAACACACGUGAUCAUCGGCCCGAGGGGGAAAUAUGACGCUGUAUGUACAUAUCGACUUCGUGUCCUGUGGAAACAGAGGAGAUACUUCAAAGCGUCCAUUCCAUGUACUUAUCUACAUUGCGUGCGUACAACGAGCAUCUUCCCCCACUCUCAUCAAUUGAGUCUUUGUUCACGCUGGGCCUUUCACCAUGCACGUAGGCAGAAGUCAUCGUAUAUACAUUUAACUACCACUGCCGUAGGCUUCAAAUCGCUCAACUCCAU